AUGGACCCCGCCAUUCUCGUGGAAAAUCUGAAGGUUUCGACUGUUAUCAAGCGCGUAGAUCUCGCCGCCUCGAUUAUAUUCCUAUGGGACUAUUUCCUCACCCUGGGGCUAGAGGUGGACCACAUUUGGUCCUCCAGGUGGACGAUCGUGAAGGUCCUUUUCCUCUUUCAGAGGUACAUACCGUUCAUCGACAUUAUGGUGCUGGGCAUGUACAUGAGUUUCGGGGAAAAUGUUAGCGAGACGAGGUGUACACGCGUUAAUUACGCUUGGAAAUUCCUGUCGAUUGCGGGAGUUGUCGCCUCAGAGGCCAUCCUGUGCUUCCGCGUCUGGGCAGUUUGGAACCGCAGAACGUUCAUGAGCUUCCUCCUACCCGCUCUCUUCGCUGGGUCUUGGGUGCCAGCAAUCACGUUGCUCGCCAUAUUUAUGAAGUCGAUCAAAUAUAUUUACCUACGACCACCUUUCUUGGGAUGCGUGGUGGCCUCUGCUGAUAAAUCGAUAAGUUUCGAGUUCUUCUUGAUAUGGGACACGGUGAUGCUCUCGCUUAUGGCCAUCGCCGCACUGAAAGCCUACCAUAGGAGCGGACGCACAGCACUGUUCAAGAUCGUUUAUGGGGAAGGGAUAAUUUACUACUUCUAUCUCUUCGCGGCCUCUACGGUCAAUAUCAUACUAAAUCAUAACAAUUCGAUCGCCAUUCCCUAUCGUUUCCUUGCAGUAGCUAUGCUGCGCUCGCUCCACACGAUCCUCCCUAGCCGCGCAUUGCUCCAUCUGCGAUCCCUGAAUAACGAAGUUGGUGGACAUAAUGGUGAAGUGGAUAACCAUGAAUUCGAACCAAUCGAGUUCGCACUUCCGAAUGCUGAGAAGAGGUCAAGGAUCACUUUUCAGGCGUAA